UCAGAGCGCGAGACCCCGCCCCAACCCUUAGGCCUGAGCCGAGCUCGGAGGCGAAGCGGGUGUCGCGCUUACCCAACGACAACUGACGUUAGAGACCCGUGGAAUCAUGGCUGCCGACAACGAAGAUGGAGCUUCAACUCCAGCAACUUCUAACGAUGGUGUCAGCAAAAGCACAAAAUCUGGGGAGGACCUAGCAGUCCAGGUUCCCGUGGUGGAUGUGCAAAGCAACAACUUCAAGGAGAUGUGGCCAUCCCUCCUGCUGGCCAUAAAGACAGCUAACUUCAUGGCUGUGGACACGAAGCUGAGUGGGCUUGGGGACAGGAAGAGUUUGCUGAACCAGUGCAUCAAGGAAUGUUACAAGGCUGUGUGUCAUGCUGCCAGGAUCCAUUCAGUCAUCUGCUGGGGCCUUGCCCGCUUCAAGCAGCAGCUAGACAAGGGAGAACAUUCCUACCUGGCUCAAGUGUUCAAUCUCACCCUUUUGUGCAUAGAGGAGUAGUAUGUCAUAGAACCAACAUCUGUACAGUUCGUGGUACAGCAUGGCUUCAGCUUCAACUUCAACUGACGAGGUAGGCGUCCAGGUGAUGAGAGCCAGAGCCUGUCAGUAUGGACACUGUUCCUGGAGCUGAUCCGGGCUCGGCAGCCCCUAGUGCUACACAAUGGCCUUAUAGACUUGGUGUUCCUGUACCAGAACUUCUAUGCACACCUCCCAGAUAAUCUGGGAACCUUCACCGCUGACCUGUGUGACCCAGCAGGAAUUUAUGACACCAAAUAUGCUGCUGAGCUUCAUGCUCGCUUUGUAGCCUCCUACUUAGAGUAUAUGUUCUGGGGGCGGCGCCUAUGUGAACGGGAAAAUAGGAAGCAGCGGACAGCUGGCAGUCCGUACCUUACCCUGGAGUUCUGCAGCUAUCCUUCUAGCAUGAGGGCCCAUAUUGACUACCGCUGCUGCAUGCCCCCUGCAACCCACCGCCCUCAGUCCACCAGUGUCUGUGAUAACUUUUUGGUGAGAACACCUGCCUGUUCUUGGGGGAGGGGAGGGUCUGAUGCCCAGAACCCCUUUUUAAGCCUUUUUUCCACCUCCAGGUUAAAGCAUAGGGAAAAACAGAGGAGAGCUUUGUUGAGCCUACCUGAGGAAACUAAGGAUGGUCCUGUGAAGCAAGUCUGUGGGCAUAGCCUCAAGGCUAAGGAUGAAACUAGGAACUCUUGUUUUGAGCAAGGUCACAUAAAUGACAUGGAGCUGGGACUUAAGACAGCAAAGUCUGAAAAAGCUGACAUGGCUACCUCAGAAGUGCCAGGGAGUCAAUCCAGUCCUAACCCAGUGCCUGGGGAUGGAUUGCAUCAGGCGGAUGCCUUUAUGACAGGUUAUGUGAUGGCCUUGGAUCACAUUAUGGGAGUGAACCAAGGACCUUAGCCUUGCAGCUCUGGCCCCUGGCUCCCUGAAUGUCACGACAAGGUAUAUCUGAGUGGCAAAGCUGUACCCCUCAUAGUGGCCAAGAGCCAGUUCUCUCCUUCCUCCAAAGCCCACAACCAGAAGAGGAAGCUGGUUUGGGGCAGCAGCUGACCCAACUUCUCCCUAGCACUUGGGAGCUGAGAAAGAGCAGCUAAGGGUAGAACAGAGGUAUUUGGGUCUCUCUAGCUUGUAAAUGUCAUAUUCUCAACUACUGCUGAGUUUGGGGCAGGGGGAUGCAAAGUGGUCCUGGUGGAGAUACUGCUGCAUUGACCUGGACAUUCUCCUUUACCCCAGAGGCUGAGGUACAAGGGUACAAGAAGGUUGACCAGCACCUGUAAUGCCAACUUUAUUUAUUUUUAAAUCUGAAAGUGGUCUUGGGAAAGUUUUACAAAAAAUAUCAACAGAAAAGUUACGAAAA